AUGGUUAACAUUCCUUCAAGAGAAGAAUUUGUUAAAUAUAUAACAAUUGAAACAAUUUUAUCAACAUUAAUUUUACUUUUUUUAACAUGUGCCUUAAUAACUGAAACCAUCUAUGUAAGUUUUGAUAGUGGUUUUAGUUUUGGUUUUAUGAUAGUAUGGCAUCAAUUUCCUUCAUCAAUAUUUUCUACAUUAUUUACUCUAGCUGUUUAUAUUUAUAAUAUUUUAAUAAUUAUAUUUGAAUCUACUGGUACUAUUCCAAUGUGGAGAAGUAUAAAUCUUCAGAAACUUAUUGUACAAGGAAGUUCAAUGGUUUUAAUGUUUAUUGUUGCACUUAUGAAUACAAUUUUAUCACAAAAAAAUACUUUAUAUAGUUUACUUUAUAGAAAAAGGCUUAUUGCUAUAUCUGUAUUUGCCUGGAUAACAUUUGUUAUCCAAAUUUUACAACUUUUAAAAUAUAUUCUUGAAAUGAGGAAUUUCAAUAUUAAUUUAAAUAUGAGAAAUUCAAACAAACCAAGAAAUGAAGGAAAUAAUGUAUCUAGAGUAUCUGUUCCAUCAAAUACAGAUAGAUCAAAUAAUUUACCAUCAUCCUCAAAUAACAAUGGAUUUCAAGUUGAGAUUGAUCAUGAUUUAGAAGUACCAAGAAGUAACAAUUAA